GUUGUGGAAAAAAAAAAGGGAAAAGUUGCCACAAAAUUCACGAAAAAUGACAUGGGAAAAAGAACAAAAUGGGAAUAUCGCUACUUAAAAACACACAGAGAGGUGUACAUAGGAGGCAUAAAAAAUAAAAAAAAAAACGGAUGGGGAAUCGCAAUUAACAACAAUGGAAACAAAUACGAGGGGUUGUUCCAGAACGACCAGAAACAUUUGGUUGGGUCGGAGCUUCUCUGCUGCUUGCACAGCCAUAGCUACAAACAGAAAAAAAAAAAUGCUGACCAGAAUAGCGAAGAGGAAUUUGCAAAGGGAAAUGUCUGCCUUCAUGAUAAUAGAUAUAUAUACAUAGGGGGGUACAGAGAAGGGAAAAGACAUGGGAAUGGAAUCUUAAUUGACUACAACACGUAUGCUAUGUACAGCUGCAUAUUUCUGAGGAACGAAAUGAUAUAUAAAGAUAUUUUAUUUUCCGCGGUUAAUAAUUUUCCGCCCAAAUGUGACAAGUACAGAUUGGCUGCCCCUUUUCAGGAGAGAGGAAGGGACAAGGUGGGUAAGACGCACAAGGCGAGUUCGCGCAGAAGGGAUGGGGUCAAAAUGGAGGGGGCAACCAAGGUGGGCGAAAAUGACGAUAACGCAACGGAUGGGGGUUAUCCUGAAGGAGAAAGCCCCGCCAGUGGCAUUUCCGACCAGACUGGAAAGAGCAAAAGAGAGCGAGAUAUGCUCUCCUUCAUAGAGAACCAGUACAAGUACAACAUUUUCAGCUACGUCCACUUUUACCAACAGUUAGUGAAAAAAAUGAAGAGGGAAAAUUCGAGCGAGCUCUUUGCCCAUUCCGCGCAUAAAGAGGAAGUACACAUUGGGGAGAGCAAAGGGGGGAAGGUCCCAAAAAGUGAGUUAAAAAGCGGGCAGGAGAAAAAGGACAGGAAGGACUUUUGCCCUAAUAGAAAGAGCAAUCCCCCAGGUGGUUCGUCAACUGGGCCAUUCUGUGCAGACGAACCACCCAGUGAGGAGCGCGAAAAGGAAAAAACUGAUGACCUCCUCAUUGAAAAAAUUCACAACAAUUUUGAUCAUUUGGCAGUGGAGAAGAUGCUGAUGGAACCCCUUGGCAAAAUUCAAUGGGUAAAUGAGAUCUCCAAGGAGGAGACCCUAGAGGGCACCUUGUACCCCCCAAAUGAGGAGGACACCGCGCGUGAUACAGAGAAAGGUAGGUUGGAGACAUACGAGGGAAGUGUAACUCGUGAAGGAAGUGGAUGCAGCAAUAACUUGGCGCAUGUCAGUGGUCGAGGGGUUAUUCACGAAACGGAUUUGCUUGAAAAGAGGGAGGAACUGCCCAAUAAUGAGGAUGGUGCCAUGUGUAGCGGCUCAAUUUUGAGGAGCUCACUGGGUGAUAAGUUGGGGGACCCGGCCCCUGCCGAGGAUGGCAUUUGCGUAAUGGGAGAGAAGGAAGAACGAAAUGAGGCAUACGUCGUGGGGAAGGAAAACGCCGUUGACAUUGCGGCUGAGGGUAAACUUGCUAGCGGAGAGUUCAGCCAGCAGAGCAUGGAAACGCCCACCGUGGUGAGCAACAUGGAGAGCGACGAUGCGGGAGAUGGAUGGGGAAGCGACGCAGACGAUGGACGGAGUGAUGAGAACUGCUCGCCCGCUCCCCUUGUUGCCGUCGCCCAGAUAAGAAGUGACGGGGUGGAGCGCAGCGCGAGCGGCGGCAUCAGUGGAAGCAAUGUUAGCAAUACCUGCAGUGGUGGCGCGUUCCGGGAGAGGGAACAGACCAACGCGGUGGGGGUAAAUAAUCACGGCUGUGAGGACACCCCCAAAAGUGGAAGCCGUGUUAGGGGUAGCUCCGAAAGCAGGCCUUCCCUGAGAGGGAGUCAAGAGAUAGAGACAACCACACAUCGCUCGAAUGUUAAGCACAAAUCGAACAAAAGUAAUAGCAACCCAUUUUUGAAGCAAACGAGUGAUGACCAGCUGAGCAAAGAAAUAGAAAGUCUACUCCCAAGAUGGUUAAAGAAGAAGAAAAAAAAAAGGUGCCUGUCAUGUGCACAGAACUGCGUAUACUGGGACGUAUUUGAAUUAAAUUUUUUUUUUUUUUUUGUGGGAGUGCCAAAAAAGGCGAUAGAAAUUUUUGUACGAAAUGAGAUAGACGGGUAUUGCCUAAAAUAUAUGGAGGAAAAAUUGUUAAGACGGAUGGGUCUACACGAUAGGGUGGUGAAAAAGUACGUCACAUUAUGUGUGCACUUUCUUUUACGACUGAGGGAAAAGUACAAAUACAGAAAAAGGAGCAACCGAGUGAAUGGCCGCUUGCAAGAGGAUGCAUUCCUUCUGAAGAAGAAGAAGCUGCACUACCUAAAUUUAAUAGGCCGCGGCGGGUAUAGCAAUGUGUACCGGUGCAUAUAUGGAGAUAAAUUACUAACAUUCAAUGAUGAACAUUUUAGCAUAGAAUAUUCAGCGAACAAUAUAGCGUUAAAAGUAUGUAAUGAUAAGAAGUACAGUUACGAGUUUUGCUCCGAAAUGAAUAUUUUGUCGACCUUAAGGCACCCUAACGUUUCCCUUUUUCUAGGUGCACUAAAACACCCACAAGGAAUAGCUCUAGAGUAUAUAAACUGUGGAAGCAUAUUUGACCUAAUACAUAAACAUAAGGUAAAAAUAGAAUUAAGAGACGUCAUGAAAAUGGGCAAAGAAAUUGCGGCCUUUAUGUGCUUUCUACACCAUAAGGGGAUUCUACACUGCGAUUUAAAAUCUUCAAACGUUUUGCUCUCCAUGUCGGGGCAAAUAAAAAUUUGUGACUUUGGAUUGUCUGUACAGAACUUUGCUCAGAAGCCGAGGUUUCUCGGAAUCGUUGGCACCUACCAGUGGACAGCUCCCGAAAUUUUGAGAGGCGAAGGGUACACUCCCCAGGCAGACGUAUACUCCUUUGGAGUCAUUUUGUGGGAAAUGCUCCAUAGGGAGAUUCCCUUUCGGGAGCUGAAACACCCCUUGGACCUUAUAGCAUGCGUUGGCUACGCCAGAAGGCAGCUCUCCAUCAGCAGGGCCCUCCCCCCCCCGGUUAGGUACAUUCUCAAGAGGUGCCUGCACAGAAAUAGGCGCAGGCGCAAGUCCUUUUUUUUUUGGUCCGAGUACUUGGACACGUUCCGCGAGGUGCGCCCCCUCGGAUAG